GAGCGCGGAAGUGCGGGGCCGCGGGGCCGCGGCAGCCGAGUGCGGGCCCGGCCCGGCGCCGCAGCCCCCAGCCCGCCAUGCGCCACCGCGCCGGGUGAGCGGCCCCUCGGCCGGGCCCGACCCGCCCCAGCGCCGCCGUCCCUCGCCGCAGGUGCCGCCGCCGCGUCCCGGGGAGAGGAACCACCGCGGGGCCGGCCGGCGGCCGCCCAGGCCGGGGAGGAGCCGCCGGAGAAGCGAUGCAGGAAGCCAUUACCAUAACCGAGCAGCCGGUCUCUGUCUCCGUCCCGGUGGGAUAUUCCUUCACGCUGCGGUGCCGAGCCCAGGGACGUACCUCGCUGCAGUACCAGUGGUUCUGUCAGUACCAGUCUGACUGCCGCCUGAUUCCUGGAGCAACCAAGCAAGACUUGGCCAUCACUGCAGAGCAGACCCAGCUCUAUACCUGCAGAGUCAAUGACCUCCACAGAAAUGCUGUCUUCUCCGACUGGGUGAAGGUAGAGGUCCAUCAGUGUGUUGCCAGAGGUCUGCCCCCUCGGCUGUGGCAAGGAGAACCAGUCAUUGUCCUCAACCCCAGGGAGCAGCGGGUGGAGGUGGGGCAGCCGCUGCAGCUGCAGUGUGCUGCCAUGGGGCUCCCAGCCCCCAGCUACCAGUGGUACCGCAAUGGGAACCUGCUGGAGCAGCAGAAGAGAAAAAAGCUCUGGAUCACCCACACCAAGGUCAGCGACUCCGGCACGUACCUCUGCUGUGCCUCCAACAGCCAUGGAGAGCAUUGGACCAACGCCGUGGACGUUCACGUCGGUACGUGUGGCUCUGGGAAGUUUUUUGCUACAGGCAAAAUAGCACUUUUAGUGGGCAACAACCGUUACCAGCAUCACCCCAACCUCAUGGCUCCUGUGAGGGAUGUGUUUGAGCUGAGGCAUCUUCUGGAGCAUCUGGGCUUCCAGGUUGUCUCCCUACUGGAUCUGAACAAGGCUGAGAUGGCGACAGCGGUCACUCAGUUCCUGCAGCUCCUGGGGAAGGGAGUCUAUGCUAUAUUCUACUAUGCUGGGCAUGGCUACGAACAUCUGGGGAGGAACUACAUGGUCCCUGUGGAUGCUCCGCAACCCUAUGCCCCUGAGAACUGCAUCAGCGUGCAGAGGAUCCUCCAGAAGAUGCAGCAGCAGCAGACAGCCCUGAACAUCAUCCUGCUGGACACCUGCAGGAAGUGGUACAACCCAGGACGUGCCUUGUCCCAGGUGCAGCCACUGGAGCCCUGGGGAAACACUGUCUAUGGCUAUUCCACGAGCGAAGAUGCAGAAGCCUAUGAAUUGCAGGAUGGGGAGUUCAGCUCUGGCAUCUUCAUGAAAUACCUGAAGAAACACAUUCUGCAAGAGAAGAAGGUUACACACAUGCUGGAGGAUGUGUUAGAAGACAUUGGCCGUGACCCCCUGGUCACUGGGAAGCAGGUGAUGGAGAUCAAGCACACUCUGAAGGAAGCCCGGUCCCUGACAGACCCCAUCUGUCCCUCGGGAGCAGCUGCUGAGCACUGGGGACACGGCCAAGCGCUGCCGAGCAGAACGGUGACCUUCCCGUGUGGGGUGCGGGUGGAGCUCCGCUUCCUCCGGCUCUUCUCCAACCUGAUGUUCGUGUGUGCCAAGCCACAGCCACCCCUGGCCCACAUCACCGAGCCCCAGCUCCUGCUCCACCAGCUGGCUGAGACAGAUGAUGUGGCCAUCCAGAAGGAGAGCUGUCUGGACCACGUGGAGACUCUGCUGGCCUCUGUGUACAAGCGGGAGGAGCUGGACUGCAUCUUCCAGCUCUGUGCACUGCAGAAAAUUCAGACAGAUGUGGUCCUGCAGUUGGAUUUGCAUUACACCCAGCCAAGCACAAACCAGAGGACUUGUGAAAGCCUGCAAACGACCCUCCAGAAAUCCCUGCUGAGGCAGUUUUUCAGCCAGAGGAAGGACUCCCAGGCAGGCUCCCGGCGAGCUCCUGCCCGCACAGGCAGCGUGUGCCCACAAGAUGCAGCGGGGCUGAGCACCGAGCCCAAGGGCCAGGGGUCCCUGAGCACAGGCUCUGGCCACAGCUUGCCCAGCAGCAGCCCCUCCAACUUCAGCAGCGAGCCUGAGGAGAACGAUGAGAGCGACCUGGGCGAGCUCUGCUUGGCUCUGCCUCGGGCUGGCCUGGGGCAGGACAGGCCCUGAGCCUCAGCCUGGGGAGCUGCUCUUUUAAUUGAGGCCUCAGUUUGAGUGCUAAAUCUGUCAGAAUCCGUCAGCUGCUUCCCAGCCUUGGCAUAGCCCUGUCUGAAUGAGGCCAAAGCUGCUUUUUUGGAAAGGUUUCUCCUAUCUGAGCUCUGUGGUGUGCAGGGCCGCAGUUCCCACUGGGAAUGUUCCCUGUCCCGUGGGAGCAUCGGGAUCAGCGAGGAGUCAUUGUGGUGUCUGGCAGAGGACACAGCCACCCACCAGUCAUAACACUGCCAGGCAAAAACGGUGUUGCUGCAAGGCAAGGGCACAGGCUGAUGUUUUCUGCCUGGAAACAAAUGUUGCUGCAAUGAGAAGCCCACAAACACUACAGACCCCUCUGGCUCGAAUCCCAGCCGUGACUGCUGGAUGUGCCCAAGCUGUGCAAGAGACACGGGGCUGCACCGAGGGAACCAGGUGAAACAGUGCAGGCUCUGCACGGGGUCCCAGUGUGGUUUCCUUGCCAUGCCUGUGUCAAAGCAGGUGUUAAGUUAUGCAUUUAUGUAUUUCUGAAGCAUGUAUUUAUAACGGGGGGGGAGGCAGUAGCUUGCCAGGAAAAGGAAGGUCAGAUGUUCCAUCCAGUGUGUGUUUACAUUGGAGGCUGGUGUUGCACUGGACCAGGAAUAGUGUCCAGGCAGGUGCACUGACACCUGCCCCUUCCAGCAGGGUACAGGGGCAUUAAAAGGUGUUCAGCCCUCUGCAGUUCCAAGUUCUUAGGUGCAGAAUAUCCUACAGGAGAGAUGGAAUGUACCAGGACUGAGAAAGGAUAACCUCAAAAAGGUUAUUAUUAAUGCAAAUUGUUCUGUCUGUGCUGUGGGCAGGCUCCAGGUGGAGAAGCAGCUGUCCAGGGAGAGCCACAGCUGAGCAGGGCCCAAAGGACAGCCUGGGUGGGGACAUUCCCUAAUGAAUGUUUGAUACAGGUGAUUGCUCGGUAAAGGCCACUGACCCUAGGGAAGUGUGGGGUCUCCAUCCUUGGAGCAGAGUUCACUUUGGACUGCAGAAGGUGCCAAUGACCUGAUCCAUGCUGGCUGAGGGCUGGACCAGAGACCACUGGAGAUCCUUUCUGGCUCCUGUGGUCCUGUGGAGGAAAGAGGUUGGAGGGCAGAACUUCUUGAGAGGUCAAGGGCAGCAGGGUGGGAAGAAUGCCCGAGCUCUGUCUUGCUUUAAGAUGGUUGGAGGCAAAAUUUUCUCAGUUUUGCACUCCUUCAGCAGUGAAGAUACAUCCCUGCCUGCAGUGUCAGUUGCAGCAUAGAAAAAUCUGAAAUGUUGCUUCCAGAUAAACCAUUCUACAAGUGCUGGAAACCUGUCCAAAGAGAACAGAGGAGGCUUUUAUUCUCACAGUGAGUAGAGCCAAGGGAAAGAAGAAGGGCCCCAGCUGGCUGCAGACUAGAAAGUCGCCUAGAAAAAAAUCUAAAGUUUAAAAAAGUAAAAAAUUCAGAGGAUGUGGUUUAAAUAAGAUGAGCUGAUAGAGAGGCUAAACCAGAAAAUAAUAACCUAAUUUCAGGAAGAGCCAGAGAUCAACUCAACAGCAGCGAGCACUGGGGACAGGUCAAUGGGAAUGGCUGAGCAGGCAUUUGGGAGGAGGUUGCCUCUGAGGAUUAUUCACACCCUCCUGUGCUGUUGAGGCACUGAGGCAUGGCUGGUUCCUGGCUCACAUUAUCAUGCCAGGUGUCAUCUAACGUGAAUAUUCAUCUCAUUCAAAGCAAGGCUGUUUAUUUUUUUCUGAAUAAAACACUAUUGGUGUUUUUAAUGCACAAAGCUUCAUGUGGCUCUGAGUUAACUGUGUUUAUUUUCCCUCUAAUUGCCAGGAUGUAACUUAAUAUUGAUCUACUGGGGUUUCAUGCUUCCAGCCUGAGCUUCUAGGCUCUUCUGGGUGAGCAUUGUUUCUUUUUUUAGGUAACUAAAAAUACUGAAGUUUGGAUUUAGAAGGCAGAUCAAGUGACUAGAUCGGAUGAAGUGAUGUCAGGUGAAAUGUGUAGAUAAAAAAACCAGUCCUUGUUCAUUGUGAUUUGUCCAUCUGCUUUGUAAGUGUGGCUCUUGGGUAGCUUAGGUGGUCUCCUGUCUUGGUGCCAACCACAGCACUUGUCCCUGUCAUCAUUUCUGCUCCUCCAAGGAGACCCUGCAGCCAAGCCCAGGGAGCCGUCACAUUCCCAUGGUGGGUCAUUCCCUGAGAUAAUGCUUUGUCAUGUCUGGGAACUUGCUGCAUUCCAAAGGUGGACUUUGUGUCCUGGGCCUCAGCUGGAGUCAUUGUAGGAGAGGAUGGAACAAUGGAUCCUUCAUCCCCACCUUUACAUGUGAAAUCCAGACUCCCUCACGAUGGUUAGACUGUUCAGCGCCAGUAAAUUGUCCUGGAAAUCUGUGUUUCCAUCUCCCAGCAUCCAGGACAGACAAGGCAUCCCAACAUUACCACGUGUCUUUCUGGUCUGCACCUUGGGCUCCACAGCCAGCUGGAAGGGUGGGAAGGGAGGAGGGCUCAGGCAGCAGCAAACAAAGCAGGAUCAAGACAUCAGCUCCAGUUUGCAUUCCCUUUCUGCCUCCUUGCCUUGCACAGCCAUUGCCCUCCACUUCCUCUGUUUCUGGGCCAGUCUGUGCCCAGAGGCUACAAACAGCACUUAGAACCAUUUUUGUAGGUAAUACAGGUGCUUUCCUUCACUCAAGUCUUUAAAAAGCAUCAAGUGAACUGCGGCUUUAAAACGAUAAACGAUGAAAAUAGCAGCAGCUAAAUAGUCAAAAAUUUUAUUUUUAGAUAGAUGCCCUUCUUUUCCUCUCUGCUAGGGCAGAUGCGUUGAAGGGAAGGACCUUGGACAACAGCCUGGUAUGUCCUGCUACAGAAUUCAUUUGGGAUGCAGUUCUCCACUCAUUUGCUGAGGUUUGGCAGUUCCUGACAAAACAAGGCAGGUGUAACCCAAAAGGAUUGAGAAAACAAGGCAGUGAAAAUCAGGGAAAUCAGGGAAACUUGGAAAUUUCAGUCUGUUACUGGAAAGUCCUGGGCCCAAGUGCAGUCAAGAGGUGUGUUACACAUGCAUGGCAGAUCCACCCCAGCCUGGCACCCUUCUGUUGGCAGCAGAUUCCUGAAAGUUUCUUUUCAGUUGGCAUUUUUGUGAUCAAAGGAAGGAAAAGGUGGAUUUGUCUCAUCAGCCAUGCUCCAGCCUCAACCAAAGAGAGAAAGAAACGAGACAGGUCCUUUAUUUCAGGAGGCAUUUCUGGGGGAAAAAAAUCAGUAUGGGGCAACAUUGAGUAAUUUCAUUUACCAGCUCACUUAACUCCAUCUUUUUGGAACAAAUCCUUCUCCCUCACAGAGGUAAAUCUGAAUUUACUCUUCAGAAACUGGUAGGUUCUCCUUAUUUUCUGCAAUAAGAGGUUUUCCAUGAUGUACAGAACCUGCUAGAUCAUUUCCUACCCCACGUUAGGGGCAGAGUGCAUGGUGCUGUUGAUGGAAUAUGCUUGCAGUGCAAUAAAACAUGUAGAGGGACACGCGGGGAAAUUCCAAGAUUCAACAAUAUGGUUUUGGUCUUCUUUCCCUAGUUUUUGGAAGCAGCUUCUCAUACAGGCAGGAGAGAUCCUGAAGGCAUUCAGGGUUCAAUCACUCCCAGGGAAGGAAGGAGUUUCCCAAAGGACAGGUUAUCAUGUUCUCUAGAAGUUAAUGCUGCCUUUCAUGUGGACAAGGAGUGAAGAGGAUGAUCUUGUCAGCUGUUAGGAUAUGGAAAUCACCUGUUUUCUGAAAUGCUGAGGGUUGCUUCAUUAGCUGAGGGUUGCUUCAUUAGCUGAGGAUCACUUCUGGAACACCAGGUACUGGAAGUCAAGUUCCUCUGAGCACAGCAGGACCACGCACAAGGCAGAAAUGGGAGAGGCAGGCUCAGUUCUAGUGAGGGGGGAAUUGUUAAAACCAGGUGCUGCUCUCACAGCCAGUGUGUCACAGACAGCCUUUAUCCAUCGUGUUUUGCACAAGGAGACAUCCACAGCUCUGUCCUGCUUCCAGCUGGAUUAUGUGUGCUGUUGGAUUAUGUCCCUCCCAACCAAUGCUGUGGUUGUGCUACCAGAAUAUGCCCAGAAGAAUGCACGUGUUCUGAGUGAUUCUGAACACCAAACUGGGAGUUUCAAGAUGCUGUUUCAGUGAAAUAUCCCUGCUCCCUGUCCAAAAAGCAAACAAGGAUAUUGGUUCAGUUUAGCUGGAUUCAAAACUUCUAAAACAAAACUCGUGGCAGGGUGAGAAAACAAGGAACAAGGGGUAAAACGGUUCAUUUGAAAACGUCAGAUGGUUCAGAUUCAGUUCUUCCAGGCCUCCCCAUCAGGCGGAUGGUUCAGGAAUGAAAGCAGGAGCACAGUUGGAAACAAAAGGGGUGACUGAAGCCACCCACUGUCGAGUGAAUAAACCCGAGAUGACUCCUAAGGAGAUUCACACUGCUGACCUUCGUUCAGGCACCUCUGCAGAGACCGGGGGCACCUCUUGGGGAAGCAGGAGCAGGUCUGGUGUCACAGUGAAGCUUGCAGACCACGAUUUUCUUACUAAUGGUGAGAAAUUAUUGAUAGCACAAACUUUUCAUGUUGUCCCAGAGUUCUGGCCUCUAUCACAGAUUAUUUCAAUGACUGUUUUGCAAUUGUUACUAAUCUCUUGGAAUUAGGUCUGUAACGUCAUGUGGCGGUGAAGAGAAAAACACAUCAGAAAAGGGAGGCUCCUUGAAGCACUUGAAAUUGCUUCUUAUCUUCACAGUUUGGAUAACCUUUCACAUAACAAGCAACAAUUUCAAAUAUAUUGGUCAUAUCACCCCCUCAAAGAGAUAGAAGACACACUUUGAAAUUACAGACCAGGCUUCAUGUGCAGGAGAAGAGCUGACGUGGUGUCACACAGUAAGGAAGAGCUAAUGUUUCUUUGAUAAAUCUGUCUUCCCCGGGUUGGAUUUUCUUGCCACAGUGUCAGGAACAGUUGACGAGACAGACGUGUUAUUAAGUGGUAAAAAUAAACAGAUGGAAAAGUGAGAGAUUUCAGCUCUGACUUUCCAGAAUGUUUCAGCAAAGAAUAACCUCCUCAUUUCCAUUCCCUACCAGAGAUGAAAAACAAGCAAUACUUACUCAAGGACUGCAUGGCUGGAGAAAUGGGGCACCCCUGGGUUCCUGGUCCCCACCUGCCCUCAGGGCAUGUGAGAUGGGGCAGUUUGGGGUCCCAGAGAGGGAUGCUGGUCCUGACCUGCUGCUCCUCCAGAUUCCAAGUCACCCUUGUGGAGAGCAUUGGUGCCUGACCACAUGAGCACUGCCUGCCUUGGGUCCUCCUGGGAAUUGGAACCUAUUUUUGAGAACAAACCCCUCUUCUCUCACUGUCCCUCCCUCCUCAAACGUGACGUGAGUGACAUCUCACUCCUUCCCUCCGUGGAGGAUGCAGCAGUUUGGUCAAGGCAGUGACAUCUCACUCCUUCCCUCCGCGGAGGAUGCAGCAGUUUGGUCAAGGCUGUGACAUCUCACUCCUUCCCUCCGUGGAGGAUGCAGCAGUUUGGUCAAGGCAGUGA